AUGGCCACUGCCACGGAAACAAUAACCCUGCCGUAUCACCAGGCACCGGAGACAACCGAGUCACUUGACUGGGCUGAUCUCGUAACUCUUGAUCUAUCCAAGUUCGAUCAGCCUGGGGGAAAAGAAGAAUUGGCAAAAGAGUUCCAGAGAGCUAUUGAGGAAGUUGGCUUCUUCUACGUCAAGAACCACGGCCUCACCCCCUCAGACAUUGACACACAGUUCGCCUUAGCAAAGUCCGUGCUCUCCCUUUCUAAUGAGGACAAAGCGCCAUACAGAGCAGCCCUAGAAGCAGGCGACUACAAUGGCUGGAAGCCUGCUGGCAUACGGGACUUGAUCCCUGGUGUCAAAGACAACUUCGAAAUCUACAACAUUCCGAAAUUCAUCCCUGCACAUGCCAACAGACCGCAUCCACCCAUUGUAAAAGAACAUUGGACUACCAUCGAAGAAUUCUCCACUCGAAUACACAAGCAGAUUGUUCAGAAAUUACUGGUCAUUUUCGCCAUUGCGCUCGAGCUGCAGGAUGAAAAUUACUUCGUGGAUCGACAUCGGUAUUCAGAGGAGAGCGGGGACCACUUAAGGUAUAUGAAGUACUACCAUCGGAGUGAUGAGGAGAAUCAGAAGCUGGGAGGAGUGUGGCUGAAAGGACAUUCCGACAUGGGUAGUUUGACAUUGCUGUUUCGCCAGCCUGUUGCUGCGUUGCAGGUGUUGACCAAGGAUGGAACCUGGAAAUGGGUACGACCGCAAACGGAUGCAUUAACGGUGAAUCUGGCAGAUGCACUGCAUUUCCUCACCAAUGGAUACUUGAAAUCCAGUAUCCACCGUGUCGUCGCCCCACCCCCCGACCAAGCGCACAUUGAUCGUCUGGGCGUGAUAUACAUGGUUAGAAUUGAAGACGACACAGAUCUUAUCCCGAUUCAAGGAUCUCCCGUCCUUCAUCGCUUAGGCCUCGAAGAACAGAAGGCUCUUGGUGCGGAUGGACAACCAGUGAAGGCAGGAGAGUGGGUGAAGCAAAGAGUAAUCAAGAACCUGGGUGCCACAAGUUCAGCAAAGGGAGACAAUGCAGAAAGUGACGUGGAAAUCGUGAAGGGUGUUAAGAUUAAAUAUUACGAGUAA